AUGGUGGAUCAACAAGCUUACUUGGUUAAACUUUUAAAAAAAGUGACUAACGAUUACUUAUCAGAAUGCACCCCCGUUAUAUUAUACGACACUUUCACGGAGUUAUACGACAAUUUGCUCUUGGAGAAACUACUAACUAAUUUCCCAUUCGCGUAUAUCCACGGACAAAUUACCGACAACUACGAACUUAAGGUAAAAACCACCCUGGAUAAAAAGGCGCAGAGUUCUUGUGUGAGUUACAUACUGUUCAUGAAGGACGUCAUGCGAAGUAAAGACGUCAUCGGGGAACAGAACUGCAAUAAAGUUAUCGUAGUAGCAAGAUCGUCGCAAUGGAGAGUUAUCGAAUUUUUAUCCCACAAGGAAUCGCAAAAUUUCGUUAACUUACUCGUCAUUGUUAAGUCAGGCCAAGUAGUACCUCAGAAUGAAGAAUCGCCGUAUAUUUUGUACACGCACAAGUUGUACGUAGAUGCUAUAGGGUCGAGCAAGCCUGAUGUCCUAACGACGUGGAUGAAAGGGAAAUUCACAAGACACGUUAAUCUAUUUCCGAAGAAGAUGGUUUAUGGGUUCUCGGGUCACAGAUUUCUCGUGGCUGUUUCGCACCAACCGCCGUUUAUAGUAAACAAGGGGAGAAAUGAGAAUGGCGACAACAUUUACGAAGGCAUUGAAUUGCGACUGAUCGAAAUGUUGGCCAAAAGGUUUAAUUUCACCACGGACUACAAAGAGGCCCCUGAUGCUGACGUAAUGGGUUCUGGUGAAGCAGUUGCACAAAUGGUGCAGAAAAGGAAGGCAAAUCUAGGCCUAGGGGGCCUUUACAUCACCCAAGAUAGAAUCGAUAGGAUUGCAAUCAGCCAAUGGCAUUCCCAAGACUGCGCCGUUUUCAUAUCUUUAACAUCAACUGCACUACCGAGGUAUCGGGCUAUAAUGGGACCAUUCCAUUGGACAGUCUGGUUGGCAGUAACUAUUAUUUACAUGCUUGCAAUAUUCCCUCUGACAUUUUCCUAUAAACUCACUCUGAAGGGUUUAAUAACUAAUCCCGAAGAAAUGGAAAACAUGUUCUGGUAUGUCUUUGGUACGUUUACGAACUGUUUCACUUUCAGCGGAACCGAAGCUUGGAAUAAGUCGGAUAAAUUUACCACAAGAAUACUUAUUGGAUUUUACUGGUUGUUCUCAAUUAUCAUCACAGCGUGCUACACCGGGUCUAUUAUAGCGUUUGUAACUAUUCCAAUAUAUCCAGCCGUGGUAGACACCGUAAGGCAGUUACUUGACGGAAGAUAUCAAAUAGGGACUUUAGAUAAAGGAGGAUGGCCACACUUAUUCGCAAACUCAUCAGAUGAAGGUACUGAAAAACUACUAAGGCAUUUGGAUCUUGUUCCCGACGUAGAAUCUGGAUUAAGGAAUACCACCAAGAGCUUCAUUUGGAACUAUGCGUUCUUAGGUUCCAGAGCCCAGUUGGAUUACAUCGUCAGGACCAAUUUUACAACAAAGAGCAAGAGAUCCAUUUUGCAUAUCAGUGAGGAUUGUUUGGCACCGUUCAACAUUGGUGUUGGAUAUCCAAAAAAUUCCAUAUACAGCGAGAUACUCGACGUUGGAAUUCUGCUAGCUCUACAGGCUGGCAUCCUCAACAAACUAAAAGCAGACGUCGAGUGGGAUAUGAUGAGAACCGCCACUGGAAGGCUAUUAGCGGCGAGUUCCAAGGUUGGAGGCAUCAAGGCACUGUCCUACGAAGACAGGGCGUUGAACCUAGACGACACCCAAGGAAUGUUCCUGCUGUUGGGGGCGGGUUUUUUGGUUGGAGCGGGCGUUCUCAUGUCUGAAUGGUUAGGCGGUUGCUUCAUGUUUUGCAAAGGCAAGAAACGAAACGACAGUGUGAGUUCAAUCGAAAGCAAUCCCAGGUCGUACGAAGGGAGAACACCACGGGAGAAGCUCAACUCUAUCCAGUACGUCCGCAUGCGCAACAGAUUGGACAGCACUAUAGAUUUGGAACAAAAUUUCGAUUACGAAGUGCCUCGCGCUAAAAGGGUACAGAUGAAAAAGCAAGAGUCGAAUGGGGAGAAUCACGUAAACUGUGUGGUACAUGAAGUGGCAGAUUCGCAUAGCAGUGGAGGAAGCAAAGAUUCUGACGAUGAUGACUUUAAUGAAGAGAUCAAUAAGAUUUUCGAAGAAGUUUUCGGGGAAAAAAACGUGGACAGUGACAGCUCUCACGAGGAAGUUACCGAUACUUGCGACAAAGAGAAUGUUAUUGAGACGACAACUUAAAAAAUAUAUAU